AUGAGUUCCGGAGAAUUUUACAAUAUCGUGAAGCUGGUGCCAAAGCCCGGGAAGUUCAACGAGGUCGUUGAGGCGUUCAAAACCCUAAGCAAAUACGUCGAGGCCAAUGAACCCAAGACGCAGAUCUACUAUGCCGUCCAGCCGUACAACACUGAAGAGCUGGUGAUCGUUGAAAAAUACACCGAUACGGAGAACCUCAAGGCGCAUGCAUCGACUCCAGAGUUCAAGGCCUUUUCCAAGGCCAUUGGGCCUUGUCUUGCGCAGCCUCCGCAGAUGCAGAGGGGAGGGUUUGUUGCUGGGUUCGCGGGCAGAUCGAAGCUUUGA